UGAUUAUUAUAAUCUCACCGUCCUGACAGUUAAAAGAAAAGAGAGAUUAAACAUUUCAAUGCAACAUUAAAGCACUCUCUCCCCCCUUUAAAAAUCUCAAUUCUCAUGAUAUGCUAGAGUAGAGCCUAAGCACACACACUCUCAUUUUCUCAUUUCUCCGUACCCCAAAAAAAAAUGGUUUCCCUUGAACCUAUUGAGGGCAACCUCAGAUCUAGCGACCCACCUUCAAGUCCUAGAAUAUCUUUCUCAGCAGAGUUCUUAGAUGAGAACAACUUCAUCUCCAUCAGUCCAAAUGCUGAGUAUGAGAGAGAUCAAGAGAAGGAACGUGAGAGAGCAAGGAAUGCUGCUGAGUUUGAGUUCCUUUCAAACAACACGAGCAGCAACAACACAGUGUUAACUGCUGACGAGCUUUUCUUUGAAGGGAAGCUCCUACCCUUUUGGCAGAUGCAGCAUCUAGAGAAGCUCAGCAAGAUCAACCUCAAAACCAAAGAGGGAGAGGAAGAGGAGUUAGAAGAGGAAGUAGUAGUGGUGAGCAACAAUAACAAAGAGGAUAGUAAUAGUAAUAGUAGAGUAAAUUGGUUUGUGGAUGAUGACCCAUCUCCAAGGCCACCAAAGUGCACUGUUCUAUGGAAAGAGUUGUUGAGGUUGAAGAAGCAACGUGCUUCUUCUUUGUCACCCUCUUCUUCUUCCUCAUCUUCUUCCUCUUCUGCAAGCUCACUUGGUGAUGUGGCUGCCAAAGAAGGGAAAGAAGGGUCAAGGAGUAGUAACAAAGAGCAGCAUGUGAAGAGGGUAAAGAAAGGGUUGGAGAGAGCAAGGUCAGCUACUAUUAGAAUUAGACCAAUGAUUAACGUGCCAAUUUGCACACAGGUCAAAAGCAGUGCCUUGCCUCCUCUUUUCCCACUCAAGAAAGGAAAAUUAGAGAGAUAGUCAGAUGCUGAGUGAGUUCCUCAACGUGCGAGUCCCACAUGGGCACCUGUCAGCCGCAUACAUCUGAUCAACGGACUCAAUUAUUAUUGAGUGUCAGUGGUAAUAAUACUUUUAAAAAUAGCUAGCUAGGGAGAGCAAUUUCAGUGUAUGCAUAACGGCUUGUAAAAAAUUUCACGGUAUAUCGAGCAAUAUUUGAAUUCCUAGACUGAAAA